AUGUCCAGACGCCAGAUGAACAGCUCCAAUUCUAACGAGCAUUGUGUGCACCAUCCCCGCUCUGCAUCUUUUGCGCCCAGAGUUCCAGGCUGGGGCCCAAACCUCAGCUUAAACACCCACAAGAGUCCACAGACCCGCGUCUCGAGUGACUCGGAGUUCCGUAGUCACUCAGAGUGGUACCCCACGUCCUCCAGGAUGCCCUCGGGGAAAAGCACAGAAUCCAAGGGCGUGGACACAAGUCAGCUUGCAAAGGUCCCCACGGUGGCCAGGAGGCCCUCUUGUCAUCAAAAUGGCUCUCGUGUACUGUGUACAGAUGGCCCAUCUUGUCCCUCCAGCCCUUCCUUACUGGAGCAGCUUAUCAAAGGCAUCAACUAUCUGGACCGAUCCACAGGCAUCUUCUCCAACAACCAAUCAGCCCAAGCACUGAACUUGCCCAAGCUUGCAGCCACCUACCUGGAACGAGCUGCCAACUCCCUCUACCUGGACAACCUGGAAAACUCCUCGCCCCCCAGCUACACCAGCCACAGUGCUGGCCUGGGCCCUGACCACUCCCCGAGUAACACCUCCCUGGUGCCCUCUGCCAGGGAAAACACUACACUCCAGUUCCUGGGCGAUUCCACUGGUGUGGGCAGUCAGCACCCAUCCCUCCGCCCUGGGGGUAUGUCACAGAGGUCAGAGGUCAAGCUGCCAGAGCUCCCUCUGUUUAGCAAUGGGUUCCUUAACUUGAGUCGUCUGCCCAAGUUGUGGGAAGCCAUGCGCUCUGGCAUCAAUGCCUCAGAACCCAUCUCCAAACCUCCUAACUGGUGGUGA